GGAUUCUUCUGCUCCUCGGACGGAAGCGGCCGGUUGUGUGUUCGCUGUCGAUCCCGAUACAAUGCGAGGAUGAGUCGGGACGUGUCGCUGGCAUCUCCGGGGGGACGCGCGCCGCUCGGUGCGCCAUGUGUUCGGCACCGUUUGAGUGACAGGCCGGCGGCACACGCGUCAUCGCCGGGGAUUUUUCCGUGCUGAAGCGUCGAGUUUCCGUCGAUCUGAUCGUCUGGAAUCCGGAAGUGGCCGGGGGCGAAUCGCGAAGGGACUUUCCGAGUGACGGUCGGAACCCAGUGAGUAACUCACCGCACCAGACCCGUUGUUCUUGGACCGGCUCUCAGGACCUGCUGACGUCACCCUCCUGCUGCAUCUCUGUUCCUCUGAAGAGAAAUCCAUCUUUCCCUCCGGUUUCCUCCCAACUCAUAAUGGCGCCUUAAGCCCCCCAAAUGAGAUGUCCCUGAUGGGGGGAGGGGUUUGAGAUGCAGUGCCGUGUGUGUGAGUGUGUGUGAGGGUUUUCUUCAGUUCAGCAUGUGGAGGCACGUGGCUGGUGUGUUUGUGCUGAUGCGUGUGUUGGACUGGCAGGAGGACGUGGAGUGUGUUGAUCCAGGAUGAGUUUGAGAGGGGGUCUGAUGGUCAGCUGUGGUGUGUGUGUGUGUGUGAGUGACAUCAGGUCCUCGGUGGCGCCGCCUGAUCUCCUCCCUGAGUCACAGAGCAGCCUCGGUGCUUCACAUGCUUUUGCUUUCGUUGUGAGUGUGUGCUGAAGUGUGGCUCUCUCAAACCUCUCCUCCCCUCAGGGGCAUCUCCUGUGCCUCUGACAUCCUUCCUUUCCUCUCAACUCAAACACAAAAUGGAAACGCUGCUUCAGCUCAAAGACAAUUCUUUCCUGAUGGGACUCUGUCGCAAUGGGCCUCUGCCGGACCUGCAGUACGACAACUCCUCAGAGCUUUUCCGCAUCUCCACCUUCGCCCGUUUCCCGGCCACUGGAGUCAGCGAGCGGAGCCUGGCCAAGGCCGGCUGGUUCUACACCGGCGUGAGAGACCGGGUCCAGUGCUUCAGGUGCAACGUGACGGCGGACGGCUGGCAGGCUGGAGACUGUCCCACAGAGAAGCACCGGCAGCUCUCUCCGUCCUGCUCCUUCAUCCAGAGCCUCCCAGCGACGGCGAACCUGCUGUCCUCUUCCCACUCGGCCUUCUCGCCGCUCCGCAUCGCCCCCGCCCUGCCGGUAAGACUCCCAGCCCGUGAGAGUGGUGCCGUCUCUGACCCCGCUGACCCCCCCCAGCUGCCUGCUCCGGCUCCUCCGAACCCGGCGGCAGGUCAGGGUGACGAGGUGGUGGGGUAUCUGAACAUGGCCUUCACCGCGCCGCCGCCGCCCUCCAGCCCGCUCUCCUCUCGCGGCGUGGAAGACGCGUCCCACCAGAGGCCCACGUGCCACAACCCAGCCAUGCGGCGCGAGCAGGACCGGCUGGACUCCUUCCAGACCUGGACCCUGUCCAUCAUCACCCCGGCGGAACUGUCCAAGGCGGGGUUCUACUACCUGGGCCAGGGCGACCGAGUGGCCUGCUUCAGCUGCGGGGGGCAGCUGUGCAACUGGGAGCCCGGCGACAGAGCCGUGUCCGAGCACCAGAGGCACUACCCCAACUGCCGCUUCGUGCGAGGCGACCGCGCCGAGAAUGUGUCUCUGGCGGGAGCCGCCGGUGCCAGCACCUCCUCCCAGCUGUCGGCCGCCGCCGCGCUUGCACUCACCAACGUGUCCAACCCGGCCAUGCAGCAGAGCGACGAGAGGCUGCUCACCUUCGUCAACUGGCCGUCGCGGAUCCCGGUCCGCCCCGAGCAGCUGGCUAAAGCCGGCUUCUACUACGUGGGUCGGAACGACGACGUCAAGUGCUUCUGCUGCGACGGAGGUCUGCGCUGCUGGGAGUCCGGGGACGAUCCGUGGGUGGAGCAUGCCAAGUGGUUCCCUCGGUGCGAGUAUCUGCUGCAGGAGAAGGGUCAAGAGUUUGUCCAUCAGAUCCAGGCCCGGUUCCCCCGACUGUUCGAGCAGCUCCUGACGACGGGGGAGAACAACGCCCGUGAGUUCGUGGACCCGCCCGUGGUUCACCUGGGCCCGGGGGACGAGCGCUCCGAGGACGCCGUCAUGAUGAACACGCCCGUCAUCAAGUCCGCCCUGGAGAUGGGCUUCGAGCGCGGCCUGGUGAAGCAGACGGUGCAGGGCAAGAUCCUGACCAGUGGCGAGAACUACCGCACGGUGCAGGAGCUGGUCUCAGACCUGCUGAGCGCCGAAGACCAGAAGAGGGAGGAGGAGCGGGAGAUGCUGGCGGAAGCCAUGGCCUCAGAUGGAUUCACCUUCGUGAAGAGGCACCAGGCGGCGCUGGUGCAGCGGCUGAAGACGGUGGAGCCGGUGCUGGACCAUCUCCUGGAGCAGAACGUUCUGACUGCUGAGGAGUACAGCGGCCUCCAGGCCCAGACGUCAGCGCAGCAGCAGACGGCCCGGCUCAUCGAGCUGGUGCUCAGCAAGGGCAACGCCGCCGCCGAGGUCUUCCGCAACUGGAUCCAGAAGAACGACGUCCACCUGCUCCGGGAGCUCAUGGCCCAGUCAAAUGAAGCUGCUUCACCGAGCCAAGAUCUCUCAGAUCUGCCCAUGGAGGAGCAGCUGCGGAGGCUGCAGGAGGAGCGCACCUGCAAGGUCUGCAUGGACAAGGAGGUCAACAUCGUCUUCAUCCCCUGCGGCCACCUGGUGGUGUGCAAGGAGUGUGCGCCCUCCCUGCGCAAGUGCCCCAUCUGCAGGGGCCUGGUCAAGGGCACCGUGCGCACCUUCCUCUCUUAGUCACCCGCUGGACGCUCCGCUUCCCUUCCUCGUUUGAUAGUACAGCUGCACAAGUCACACAGACUGAACACAUGGAACACUGCUCCCAGAGGCCCGACUCACCAGUUGGAGCUCUGGGCUUCAAUAAGCUCAGUGGUCUGUCACCUGCAGAACCUUCACUGAAGAACUCACUCCUGCUUGCGUUUGCAGUUUUGCCCUGCUUUCCUCUGUAUUUAUGGCACGACAGGCGGCCGUGGGUUCACAGUCUGGGACGGGACCAAAUAAACACCAAGUGAAAUGUU